GCAGCCCUAAAGCCGUCUUCCGCACUCGCAUUUAGCUCUAUUCCCUACAAGUUCCCAGUUACCGAACCCGACAAUGGCGGACGUUGUGCAGUUCCGCCUCGAGGGCAUGGUCGACGAGCUCGAUGACCUCGAGCAACGCGGCCUCUUCUCCCGGCGAGAGAUUGCCGAGAUAGUAAAGCAGCGGCGUAAGUUCGAGUACCGUCUGAAGCGCCCUUGUCCGCUCAAGCAGGACUACUUGGCCUAUGUCGAUUACGAGACGCAUCUGGACUCACUUCGCAACCUCAGGAAGAAAGCGGUGGCUCGCGAGCUUAAGAAGCAGGGAAAUAAGAAGAUGAGAAAGUCUAUUUCCGACUUCGCCGGUGUCAAAAGGAUCUUGUACAUCUAUCGCCUUGCGGUUACUAGGUAUAAGGGCGAUAUUGAUCUUUGGUUUCGCUAUCUCGAGUUUUGUAGAGGACAACAGAACGGGAGGAUGAAGAAGGUCCUGGCUCAGCUGAUUAGGUUUCAUCCAAAGGUUCCAGGGGUUUGGAUAUAUGCUGCUGCUUGGGAGUUUGAUCAUAAUACGAACGUUGAUGCUGCACGUUCUCUUAUGUUAAGUGGUUUGAGGGUUUGCCCAACUUCAGAGGAUCUUUGGGUAGAAUAUCUACGGAUGGAACUUACUUAUCUUAACAAGUUGAAGGCCCGAAAGGUUGCCCUUGGAGAGGACAAGGGAAGUCUAGUCCGUGAAAAUAGAGCUGCUGAGGAGAAACAAUGGAGAGAGGAAAAUAAAGAUUUAUUCAUGUCAAUCGGUGAAGAAAGAGAGAAUAAUGAUGGAUCAGUUGUUGAAACGGAGUCAAAGGAUCAACUGGAUUUAUUUCGAGAGCAGGGUUCAAACAUUUUAGAAACUAUCUACAAUGGAGCAAUUGAAGCUCUGCCUUCCAGUUUUAGCCUGAGAAAGCGUGUCCUAGAGAUAUUGGAAGCAAUGGAUUUAUCUCAUUCAGAAGAAAUGCACUCAAAAAUAUUACAGGACUUAAAAAGAGACUUCGGAACUCAGCCACAGUAUUGGGACUGGUUGGCUAGACUUGAGUGUAAUCCUGAAAAUGUACAGGGAAUGAGUGACGGAAAAGAGAUCUCUCAGAUCGAAAAGGCUGUCCAGGUCUAUGAGGAAGCCCUCGAAUGUUUGCCUUCAUCUACAAUGUUUAGCUUGUAUGUGGAGUUUUUGAUGAACAUUAUUACCCCUGUUAAGGGAAAACACACAUCUGGAUUAUCUAGCUAUACUGUGAACAUUACUUCACGUCUCUUGGUGGUAUAUGAAAAGGCUCUAACUUUAGGACAUAUUACUGAGGAUUUAGGUUGUCAAUAUGUUUCAUUUUAUUUGCAACUUGGGAGACUGGAUGAAGCACGGAAGCUCGCAGAAAGACUUUGCAGUGGAAAACUUUCAAAUUCAGUGAAGUUGUGGGUAUUGAGAGUCUCAAAUGAGAUAAAAUGCAUUUUGAAGGAUUCUCCUUCUCCAAGUAAGGAUGAUAUGAAGUCCAUCUUUGAGCUGACGAAAGAUGUUUUGAGAGAUUUUUCAGUUUCAGAAUCUGAGAGUCUGUGGCUAGUGGUUCUCAACUUUUUUGCCAAUCAAAGUUAUUAUUUUGACAAAUUGCUGGAAAUUUCUCUUUUAGCAUUAGCUAAAUACGGUGGCAGUGAGGAUGGAUUUUCACUCUCCUCAACGAUUGUUGAUUUUGUUCUACAAAAAGAUGGAAUUCAACGUACAAGAGAAGUGUAUAAGAAAUUUCUUGGAUUACCCCAUCCAGGGCGUGCUAUGUAUCGAACAUGUAUUCAGCUGGAAUCUAACCUUGCAUCUGCUGGGGAUAAAGAUGGCCUCGCAAAUGCUCGUAAGCUAUUUGAAUCUGCACUUACAACUUAUGACCAAGAUGUUAGUUUGUGGCAAGAGUACUGUAUAAUGGAAGCUAAGAUAGGAUCAUCAGAAACUGCAGCUGCAAUUCGUUGGCGUGCAAGGAAAACGUUAAAGGAUGCCACAGCACUUGUUACUUCCUCCGAUUUGUGAUUUUUUGUAGAAAUUAUGUAUAUUUAUCAAAUCAAUUUUGACCUUUUAGGUAGAACGGUGAAUCGAUUGAAUGUUGGCGAUUAGGAACGGAUAAAAAUGUCAUCUACAGAGCCCGGCCAAUGAAUAUGUUUCUUAUAUCUGUCCUCCCCAGUUGAUGCAUAGUGUACAACAUUACACAUGCAAAAGCACAACUUUUAAUGGAAUACAGUUCAACGGAAAUACUUCCAAAUUCUCUA